CCUUUUAAAUUAAACAAGUAACAUAUAAAAUUAUAAAUUUAUUAAAUGGAAUCUUUUAGAGUGCCGGAGGUAGACAUGAUGACCGUGUCAAAGAACUCGAUGGUCGAAAGAGAGUUCCUGCUGAAGUUCGUGCCUCGGAUCGGUUUAACCAACGUAAGCUACGGGGGCUUGUACAAGGUGGACAAGUGGUACCUAGAUAGCCAGCAGUAUCGGGACAUGACCCGCGAUCCCUACAACAAGAUGCUUCCUCCGAAGAGCUUCACCAGGUACAGGGGAAAGUGUGGUAUCAAGAUAGACAGGAAUCUGAUUGAGAUGAGUCGUCCUCCUCCUGCGCACGUUGAUCAAAUUCCUCUGGUAUAUCCCCAGGAAUACGGCCACCCGAUGCACCUCAGCGGGGGCUUCCGGUUACAGGGGCGCUUUGCCCGUCAAGGUGCCACUACUUUCAGGAAACGUUAGUCUUCAAAAUUUAUAAUUUUAUAUUUGGUUCUGAAUAAACCCAUGUUUGGUCUUGGCGAGCAGAGGUAUUAGUCAUGGUGGCCAACACGAAA